GGGUCAUCCCAACAGAGUGCGCUGUUCAUAGAAUGUUAUAAAUUGAUCCUCAACUAUUAGCCAGCGGGUCAUUUCGUUUUCAGCCGGUGAACAAGUUGAGAUUUUUAAGUUACUUUGAAAUUGUUCAAUUAUGGGAUUGUUCAUGAAAAAGGGAAAAAAGUUGCCGAGGCAAAUUCCAAAACCAACCGGCCCUUACAAUGUGGGGUGUAUAGAUAUUAUGACAAAAUAUUCCACGGAUGGUGUAUUCAUUCGAUUAUUUUAUCCUGCUGAACAAAUAAAAGUUGAAAAUAAGUGUCCAGAAUGGCUUCCACACAAACGAUACCUCAAAGGCUACGGAAUGUUCUUCAAGAUGUGGCCACCCCUUUUCAGCAAGUCCUACCCAACGUUUGUUGGUGACAUUAAUACACCCGCCUCUUGGGAUGUCCCACCAUUAAGGGUACCCGGUACAAAGUACCCAAUCAUCGUAUUCUCUCAUGGACUUGGCGGUUGCAGGACAACAUAUACCACUUACUGUUUAGAACUUGUUUCUCAAGGUUUCGUCGUUGCUGCGCUGGAACACAGGGACUACUCAGCUUGCAUGUCUUUCUACUUCGAGAAAAAAAUUGGAGACGAAAUUCCAACAAAAAAAAGCCAAGAUUAUGAGAAGGAUAAAGAUGAUAAUGUGAUACUAAAAAAGUGGAUGCUUUUUCAAAAAGUCAAACCUGGCAAAGGAGAGUUUGCAAUCAGGAAUCAACAGGUCCAUCUACGGGCUAAGGAAUGCAGUGAUGUGUUAGACAUGCUGAGUUGCCUGAACAGUGGAAUCCAUGUUGAAAAUGUGAUGAACACAUCAAACCUAUCAUUAGAAACUUUCAAAGAUAUUUUAGAUUUGGACAGAGUCUCGAUAGCAGGACAUUCAUUUGGAGGAGCUACAGUCAUUACAACUAUGUCCAAAGAUAAAAGAUUUAAAGUUGGAGUUGGUCUUGAUACGUGGAUGGUCCCUCUCAAAGAAGAAACAUCCCUCUUCCAAAAAGUUCAACAACCGAUGUUGUUCAUCAACAUGGAGAAAUUCCAAACGAAAGACAACCUCAGGUUUAUGAAGAUGAUGGAGUCAUCAGUUGCACAAAGAACAAUAAUCACACUCAAGGGAACAGUUCACCUGAAUCAAACAGAUGUGCCGUUCUUGUGUGACAGAGCAAUGAGAACUCUGUUCGGUGGGCAUUCAAGUCUAAGCCGAUUCACAGCAAUGGAUCUCACAACGAAACUUUCUAACGUAUUUUUCUGUGAACAUCUGGGUCUACCCAUUGAAGAAAAGCACAGCCAGUACAUCGAGCAGAAUCGAAAUGUUUUAAAAGAAGGCAUAAAAUUAUCAUAAUUACUCUAUCAUACAGCUGGUUACAAAAACAUGUUGUACUAAACAUGUCUUCAUAACAUUUUCUCUACAAAGUAGAUUUAUUUAUGAUUUGUGUGGAAUUUUUCUUUGAGUGAUAUUUGUGAUUAAUCCAUUUUUAUUCUUUUUUUUUAUCUCUUUUUGUGGAAAAUUUGGUAGAAAGUGUUUUAAAAUGUGGUGUAAAUUUGAUUACAUAAAUAUAUAACUUAUCCAAAGUAUGCAUAUUACCAUGUUGGAAAUCACAGAUUGUUAAGGUCUCAUAGAAUUUUUUUAAGUUAAAAUUACAAAAGUAGAUAUUUAUAACAGUAAUGUGUGAGAUAUAUUACAUAAAAGAGAUUUUUAGAUAAAUCUCUCAAACCUUUUUAAUCAGUUUUAAAAGUAGAUUUUAAGAGUAUUUAUUUAUUUAUACUUUUUUGCACAGUAUUUUAUAUGAAUUUUUUUAUUCACUUAUAGCUUAUCAUUAUGAACCAAGAACCUUUGUAAAUAUUGUACAGAAGCAUUUUACUUCGCAACAUUUGUAAUUUUAGAAUGUAGUUUUAUAAAAAAAAUAAAUUGUGUUCAUUCAA